CGGCCGCCUACGGCGCCGCGGUGGCGACCGUCGAGGGCGACGCGCUGCUCGCGGGCUACCCGCAGAUCCACGCCGUCGGCCGCGCGGCCGGCGAAAAGCAACAACCGCGCCUCGUCGACCUGACCUGGGGCGCCGCGGACGCGCCCAGGGUCACGCUCGUCGGCAAGGGCGUCUGCUUCGACACGGGCGGCCUCGACCUCAAGCCCGCGGCGGCGAUGCUGACGAUGAAGAAGGACAUGGGCGGCGCGGCGCACGUGCUCGGGCUCGCGGCCAUGGUCAUGGACGCGGGUCUACCGGUGCGGCUGCGCGUGCUCAUCCCCGCGGUGGAGAACGCCGUGUCCGGCGACGCGUUCCGGCCCGGCGACGUGCUCGCGGCGCGCAACGGCAAGACGACGGAGAUCGGCAACACGGACGCCGAGGGGCGGCUCGUCCUCGCGGACGCGCUCGUCGAGGCGUGCGCCGACGCGCCGGAGCUGCUCGUGGACUGCGCGACGCUCACGGGCGCGGGCCGCGUCGCGCUCGGGACGGACGUGCCGGCGCUCUUCGCCAACGAGGAGGGCGUCGACGUCGCGGACGAGCUCGUCGCCGUGUCCGCGGGCGAGCAGGACCAGGUCUGGCGCCUGCCGCUCUGGCCGGGCUACCGCGAGCAGAUCGACUCGAAGAUCGCCGACCUCAAGAACAUCGGCGCCGGCCCCUACGGCGGCGCCAUCACCGCCGCGCUCUACCUCGCGGAGUUCGUCGAAGCGCCACCCGACGGCGGCGCACCGCCGCCCUGGCUCCACCUCGACAUGAUGGCCUACAACACGGGCUCCAAGCCGGGCCGGCCCGAGGGCGGCGAGGCCAUGGGCAUGCGCGCGCUCUUCCGGCUGCUGGAGGCGCGCUACAAGGCGUAA